AGUUUCUGGUACUUUCGGCGACGCCUGGGCGUUGGCGCUUUCAGAAGGCGGAGACCUCGGUGGAGAGCGAAGGUGAAUCUCUAAGAGUUUCUCCCGUCGGAAAGAAGAGACAAAGGGCUCCCGCGCUCUCACGCUUCUUUACGUGUCGGCUUCGUGGGGAACAGGACCAUGACGAGCUAUGUCAACGAUAUGUGGCCCGGAUCCCCCCAGAGGAAGGACCCCCCCGCGGGCGCGGGCACGGGCCGCUGCAGCCGGCUCGCGUCCAGGUCGCGCAGCUCGUCGUCCUCGGCAAGCUCCCGGGCCGUCUCCCCCCGUUCUGAGCGCUCGUCGGGCUCGCGCAGCCGCAGCCCGUCCCGGCGCCGCCGCUCGCGCUCCCAGAGCCGCCGGCGCCACCAGCGCAAGUACCGACGCUACUCGCGCUCCUACUCCCGGAGCCGGUCGAGGUCGCGCGGCCGCCGCUACCGGGAGCGUCUGCCGCCGCGGGGCUCCCGCCGCUCACCGUCGCGAAGCAGGUCCCGCUCCCGCGGACGCUCGCGCUCCCGCCGGCCUGCCCCGGGCCCCCGGGGCCGUCGCUGUUACGGCUUGGGGCGGACGCUCUACCCCGAGCCGCGCCCAGGCUGGCGCUCCCGCAGCCACACGCCGCUGCGCCUCAGCGACAAAGAUAGGAUGGAACUUUUAGAAAUAGCAAAAGCUAAUGCAGCCAAAGCUUUAGGAACAACCAAUAUUGACUUGCCAGCUAGUCUCAAAACUGGUUUACUAUCUAAAGAUGCAAAUUAUGGGAAACAAAUACAGAGUGAUGCUACAAAACUUGAGCUGUCAGGAAGGUUCAAUGAGGAUGUAAUUAAAACCUCAAGUGAAAGUUCUUCCCUGCAAAGAAACCUACCUUUCAGUUCUGGUAACUCUGUAGCAAAUCCAGUACUUCAGAAAACAACUAAAGAAACUGCAAGAUCCCCUAAAGAUGAUGAGAAAAGCCAGAGUUCAUAUGGACAGUGGAUUCCUGUCAAGAAAGAGGAAAAUAGUUUACUUUUAAGUUCUAAAACAACACUGUCUUUCAAAUUUUAAUAUGUCUAUUUUCAUCCCUUCUUCAUGAAUAGCAAAAACUAUAUUUAGCUAUAAAAGACAGUUUGAAAUGCUGGCAUGAAAAGAUUAAGUACUUUAAUCUGUCUUAGAUUUCUUUUCCAGAUAAGUGAAAUGAGCACAAAAUGGACCAGAAAUCACAGGUGGGAUUUUUAUUUAUGUAUGUAAAUAUUUGUAAAUACUUUAGUGGUGGUCCAGUGGGUUAACUAUAACCAGUGCUAACUCAGUUACUGUACAGCUACGUGUUGAUAUUGUAUAUAUUUUCAUUUGUUAAUAAAGUCUAAUUUUUGUGGUUUUAUUUUUUUUUAGUCUCUG